UGAUAAAUUGACGUGUCUGUGCCACAAUGUUUGCCUUUGUAUCUGUGGAAAAUAUUAAAAUGUGCGCGUGACGUGAGUUGAAUUACAAAAAACUGUUUUAUGUGCCCAGUGUCACGCGUGUUCAGACUCCGCACUGUAGAUGUCUCCAUAGUUACAAGUUUUAACCCAAUAAACACUGACCGAAGAAGAAAAUGACCAGGAAAUACAGGACUGAAUGGAGAAUCAUCAUUUGAUAAAUUUUUUUUAUCACAUGUUAAGACCUGCUCAUAACGACAAGGAUGGAUAAAGUGAUCACAUGUUUUAAGCGGAGACCAGAGGCAGUGUCCAGGCUCAUCUGUUUCCCAUGGGCUGGAGGGGGGUCCAUACAUUACGCUCGGUGGGGAAAUAUCCUGAACUGCUCCAUCGAAGUGCUGUCGGUUAAACUCCCUGGACGAGAGUCUCGGGCCAAAGAGCCUUUGUUCCAGAACAUGCAGCAGGUCGUGGACGAGGUCAUCUCUGUGUUACUGCCCUUGAUGAAGGAAAAACCAUUCGCUCUGUUUGGACACAGUUUUGGAGCCUUUACGAGUUUUGCUGUGGCCUGUGCUCUGAAGAAACUGCACAACGUAGAGCCCAUUCACGUCUUUCUGUCUGGAGCCUCUGCCCCUUAUUCAGAGUCGCGCCUGAAUUACCCAAAGAGGAGUGAAUUGUCCGAUGAGGAUUUCGUGCGGUGGAUGACGUCGAUCGGAGGGACCCCCCCUGAACUUCUGUCCAACCCCGAAAUCAUGAGGCUGUUUUUGCCCACGCUGAAGGCCGACCUCAAGGUGGUCGAGAGUUACAGGUGCAUCAGACCGGAGCAGCCCCUUUUGUCCUGUCCAGUCACAUGUUUUGACGGGAAGGACGACAUUCCUCACGACUUACAAGCCUGGAAAGAAAUCACGACUGGAGAGUUCACUGUUAAGAUGCUGGACGGUUCUCAUUUCUACCUGAAGGAGGCGACAAAUGAGAAGAUUUUGUUGGACUACAUCACAAAACAAGUAGAAACCUCAGAACUGGACUAUUUUUAAACAUGAUUUAAAUGAAUACAUCACUGGAUUUUAAUGUAGCACCUUGCAAGACGCUUUAUAGUUUAUUAUUUUUUCACUCCACACUCGGUGGUGGUGAGCUCCUAUUGUCACUACGGCUGCCAAUCUGCUCCAUCAGCCGCUCCGACCAGCACCAUCACUCACAUCCACACGACUUUCCUACUAAAUUCAUGGCCUACAUUUCA